GAUACUAGGCUAAAUAUGGCCACCAUGAUCUGUCGUCUGCAAUGUAUCAGCGGGUUUUUGUCCUUCGCGACAUGUCAAAAAUCGGCUGUCAUCGAUUGAUUCGGGCGGUUCGAUUGUGACGUAUGAAAAUUACGUACGAUGCGAAGUGAUCAUUGAAUGACAAUAAGUGCGAUAUUGAUGUAAUUUAGAGUGAAUGACUAACGAUGAUCUAGAUUGGAAUUAAUGCCAAUAAGUAAAUAAAAUUCUUGUAGUCGUCGCGACAGUGAGUCAUUUGACAGUGUGAUCAAGUCACACCCCGGACAAUGGGAGUGAUCUAUUUGAAACGUAAUUAGCAAGAAGUAGAAAUCAAAGUUAUAUCGUUUACAACUCAACCGUGUGUAAAACUUAAUUUCAUGAACCUCAAUGUAAUAUUCCUCGGAAAUUGUUUAUACUCGGAGAAUAAAUAUAUAUCAGUCGAAUUAUACAAAGGUUACGUAUCCAUGACCGGGGUUCUUUAAUACUCAAACAACGAAUACGGGAUUAAAUUUUAACAUAAGAUAAGCUAACUUUUGAACUAAGCGAAUGUUUCGAUCGAGUGAAGAACUGUAUCGAGUAGAAGAAACAAUCUGAGCUCUGACGAAUCGCUUCUGCGGUGACAUGCAAUUCGAGAUUAUACAUGAACAGUGAUUAUGGAUUGAAGUAGCCUUUCUUUUUGGGUAACCGUAACGAGAAUUGCGUUAUAAUUCUGCCAAAACCGUUAUUAAUACUAUAACUAGCUUGAUAAGCGAAUGCGUAAAGGAAAGAAUAAAUACGGUAGACAAAAGGCAUUUAAGAUGUCUGCAAGUAAUAAUGUAGCUGGCGGGGCGCCACGUGUGUCGAACUUUCCAAAUCGCAAUUCCCAGAGGUCGACGUUGUUGAAAGUAGUUAUUUUGGGUGACGGGGGUGUCGGGAAGUCGUGUCUGAUGAAUAGGUUUGUUUCAAAUCACUUUGACGAGCACAGCUUUCACACGAUCGGUGUUGAAUUCCUAAACAAAGACAUUGAAAUCAACGGUGAGGCAUACACGCUCCAGAUUUGGGACACUGCGGGUCAAGAGCGGUUCAAAACACUCAGAACGCCGUUCUACCGAGGCUCUGACAUCUGCCUGCUAACCUACGCUGUCGACGACAGAACCAGCUUCCAGAACUUGGCCCUCUGGCGAACAGAGUUCCUUUACUAUGCGGAUGUUCAAGAAGGAUCGACGUUCCCCUUCAUCGUGAUUGGAAACAAGGUCGACGUUCCUGAGUCGGAAAAACAGAUUUCUACGGAGGAGGCAAAAGCCUGGUGUCUUGAGAACGGGAAUUCUCCACUUGUCGAAACAUCGGCCAAGGACGCGACGAACGUCGAAGCCGCCUUUGGUGCUGCGGUUGCUGCCUGGGCUAGACUGGAGGCGAGGCUAGAGCGUCCGAUCGUCGAAGAUACGGUCGAUCUGUCCAAACAGCAAUCUCCGCAUCGCACCAGCUGCUGUAUGCCAGCCUCAACAGCAGAGUCUAACAAAGUAAUUUGAAGAGAAAACGUAACACGUUCGUGGAAAAUUUUUGCUACGUACAACACUGUAUGUAUCACACCUUUAAAGAGAAAUAAAUACAUCAAAUAUUAACGCUGUAUUUAGCUAAACACACACAGAGCCAAAAGUAGUACUAAUUUUUGAGUUUGUAGAAAAUUAAAAAAACGACACUGUUUUUUAUUUUUACUCUAUUUAUAUUUACUUAAGAUAUAGUGCAAUCAUAUUAAAUGAAGAUGAUUAUACCCUUGCUACUCGAUUGUGAUUAGAAGCAGCUCAUGACACUGCACAGUAUUUCAAGUCUUUUACCUAAAUAUCCCACCGGCUUGUGAUGAUAUUUAACAAUAAUCAUAAAUACGUAAAAUAAGACUUAGUUAUGAAUUGUAGAAUAUACCAAUAGCUUUGAAGCACAUUUUUGCCUUAUUAUCGCAAUGUAAUAAAUAAUCGUACCUGAGGAAUGAAAUGGGGCCGCGGUUAUCAUGUACUAACACAAACUCUUAGAUAGGUUGAGAUUACUACACCUUGUGAUACACGGCUACUUUAUGAGCAUUAUUUAUCUAAAAAUUUUAUUAUUAAAAAAAUGUAUAUUUGUAACAUUCUCAAAUUAGAAAAACACAGAUCAAAGACUCAGUUCAGAUUUAGUACCGGUGAUAUUUAUUUUAUUAGACAUGCCUCGUAAAAAUAAAAUGAUAAUCAUGCUGAAAUAUUUUCAACAUUUGACAAUAAUUAUUUGAAUGGUCAUUAAUUCCCGAAUUUUCUCACUCAUCGCAAUCCUAGUUUUCUCUUCACUUUUCAAGACUGUUAGAUUUAGAAUCUUUUAUUUAUUAUUUUUAAACUUGAACUCUACAAGUCCCAUGCGCAAACCCCAUUAUCCUCAGCCUGUACAUUGCCUUGAAUUUAAUAGCUUUUGUACAAUUUCAGAAUCAAAGUAUAAUUCGAAUGAGUAUGCUUUUAUAUAACGAGCAUGUUUUGCGUGUUUUCCGUACACAAAGUACCCGUUUCUAUGACGGUUGAGUGAGUGCGAAUGCGCAUGCACGGGAUACUGAAAAGACCACUUUAGUCCUAGCAGUUGAAAGUGAUCUUUUCUGUACUGCGCGCAUGCGCUGUCGCGAACGAAUCUGACCUGACGCAACCCUAACCUCAAUUUCGUGCGUCGUGAAAAAGGCACAACAUAUUUUUGUUAUAUAAAGAAUCGUGUGCAACAAGAAGGCAACGGUCUUUUAACCUCGCGUAUUUGCAAUAUUCCUCUUCGGCUCACCUACGACUCAUAUUGCGAAUUUACACUCGGGCCAAAAAGACCGAGUUUGGUUCCUUGUCAUACAAUAUGCUAUUUAUCAAACCAACUGUAUUCGACUGACCGUUGAAAUUUCAUGUCAUGUUCGAACAUUUCAAUGAUUAGUGCUGAAGUCAAUAUUUAAUAAUUCGAAAGAGAGAAAAAUAAAAUGAGAAUAUUCGGUUAUCAGUUAUUGACUCGACCUCACAGAACUGGUUCAUGCUGAUUUUUGUGUCAGAUGUGUAUGCGGUGCUUUUGUAUAGCUGUAUGUCGGAAACAAACUUACUAUAAUGAAUAACUAUAUUAAUAUAAUAAUAAUAUAAUGAUAAUAAUAUAAUAAGCAUCUAAAUCUAAUCAUAUCAAAGCAAAGGAAGAAAGAAAACAACGUAAAAGCUCAAUACUGCUCUUAUAUAUAUGUAUACAACCGUAUCAUAAUAUGUUUAUUUUUACAGCGCAGUUUCAAAUGUGUAAUUGCUUUCUAAUUUAGAGCAUUGUAUUUUUGAGCGCAAACCAAAGGUCUAACGUAAUACACUCUUGUGUUAUUCUCGUCCACUCUUAUUUUUAUUUCCUAUACAUUUUUCAAUUGUCCAUCAAUAAAAGUUUUAUCAAAUUUGAAAUAA